AAUGGCCAAAACAUGAACUGUGAACCUCUGUACCUUCACUGGAAUCAUCGUUUUGGAAGAGUGAAAUCAGCUAAGGAGAUCCACUUUAUACUGCUCUUCAGUCGUCAGGGCAAGUUAAGGCUUCAGAAAUGGUACACGACACUACCUGAGAAAGAGAAGAAAAAGAUCAUUCGAGAAAUCAUUCAGAUUGUUUUGUCUCGCAAUCAGAAAACCAGUAGUUUUGUUGACUGGAAAGACCUCAAGCUUGUUUACAAAAGGUAUGCCAGUUUGUAUUUCUGUUGUGCAAUAGAAGACCAAGAUAACGAGCUCCUGACACUGGAGGUCGUUCAUCGAUACGUGGAGCUUCUGGACAGAUACUUUGGAAACGUGUGUGAGCUGGAUAUUAUCUUCAACUUUGAAAAAGCUUAUUUUAUUCUUGAUGAGUUUAUAAUUGGUGGAGAAGUACAAGAAACUUCCAAGAGGUCUGCAGUGAAAGCCAUAGAAGAUUCUGACAUGUUGCAGGAGACAGUGGAAGAGUACAUGAACAAGCCUGCGUUUUAAUGUCCAGAUUACCUGAAGACAGAACUGUUCCAUGCACCCAUAAAAUGCACUUCCUGAAAUGACUUCCUAAUGUGCCAGAUCCUCAGAGAAAACCUAGUGGCUAAAGGGGUUUGUUUGUAUAAUGGUGAAGAUGAAGGUCAGCUAAUGUAGCACAGGGUUUAAUAAUUCUGGACUUGCAUCAUUCUGCAUAUGACUUUUUCAGCAUUGUUAUUACCCUUGAUCUAGUUUCUCUUCUUGCUGGACUAAACAUUUGUUUUGUACCAUGCCUUUUAGCUACGGGUUUUGUCAUCAUAAAAUGUUAUUCUGACAGGACUUUGAGGAGUAUAUUUACUAGGUUUGGUCUACUGCUGAUCCUAUGACUCUACUUUUGUACAAAUGUCCAUUAUUUUGAAUGUAAUGAUUGUUCUUCUCUAAUAAUAACUUUUU